AUGAAGUGGAAACUUGAAGCAUUAACCGGGCGAAGUUAUUCAAACAAUGCAAACGUGGAGCAAGUUUAUGCAGAAGCUGCAGCCGUAGCUGGAGAAUCUGGCACGGGCGCUUCGCCGGCUCGCCAGCGCGGGUUAUUUACGAGGGGGUGGCCGGCGGCUCCCGCUGCACCCGAGAUAGCGCCUUCCCCGGAAGAGCCGUCGCCGCGGCCGCGAACGCCGCGCGAGCCGCGCCGAACUGACCCCUUGCGCCAACAACACAAGCUGCACUUCAUUCCCGCUGCCAUUACACCACUACGGUUCUGCCGCCGCCGCUGUAGCGCCUCGACACACCGACUUCACCCCUAUUACCAACACUUUAAAGCGAAACGCCAGUAUCGUAAAGUCGCUUCGAGCGAACGGCUCGAGCGUUUCCAACGUAAUGGUGAAGAUGUCUAG